AUGUCGUCUUGGAACUACAUCAAGACCCUGAUUCAGGGGAAAAUGGAGGACCCCGCUGAGCGGGAUGCCAAAUGGGAGGCACACCUGCGGGGCAUGCAGGCAGCGGCGGCCUCAGCCAAGGCGAACAUGGCCCACCCCACCAAGGCAUGGGGCUUCUGGCGUGACGAAAAGCACAAUGGCAAGUAUGAGAUGAAUGCCGACCCCGCGAUCAGCAAGCUCCCCGGCCGCCGCUCGGGAGCAUCCCGGCUUUCAGGAGAGUGA